ACUGAAGAUGUUGUGGGAGUUUAGUUUAAGGUUACACAAUGUUUAAAAUGACUCAUGAGCUUUCUAUAUAAACAGCUGUUAGGAUAAACAGAAAUCAUCAGAUCAUCUGCUCUUCAAGUUUACUAUCAGACUACAAUAAUUCAAAUCUCGUUUCGAAAAUGGCAACAACUGUGGGUUUAAUCGGUGGUAAUGGAGGUAAUCCAUUUUCCUUCACUGGUGAGAGUAAUGGUGCCAGUUUAGAGAAGAUCUGGGUUUGGGUUGUAGACUCAAGGGUGAAGGCGGUCAGGGCCUGGCUUACAGACGGAAGCGACAAAACCUUUGGUAAUCCGGACGGAUCUUAUCAUGAGUAUACGUUUCAGCCCGGUGAGCUCAUCACAUCAUUGUCUCUGUGGGGAAACGGAAUGGGAACGCGUCUCGGAGCCAUCAAAUUCAAAACCAACCGUGGAGGAGAAUUCUUUGCAAAAAUGACAAGCUGGGGAUUGAAGACAGAAUAUCCUAUGAAUGUCGGCUCUGGAUUUUGUCUGGGAAUUCAGGGAAACUGUGGAUCAGACAUCGACAACAUGGGUUUUGUGUUUCUCAAUAAAGUACAAUCAAUACUUCUUACCAAUGUCAAGUAUCCCACUCUUUCUGAGAUGACACCGCAGGUAGUAGUGGAAGAAAUUACAUCUAGUUCCUAUAAGAAUGAAACCUCCACCAGUCAAGAGCAAACCAUUGAAAGCUCGAAGAAAAUAACCAAAACAUGCUCAUGGUCUAAUACAACAAGCGUUUCUGCAACAUUCUCUAUGGAGGUGACGGCCGGGAUUCUCGGGACUGCAGAAGUUACCACCGGAUUCAGUUUUACAGUAGGAACAGAAAACACUUACAGUAAAGAAGAGACGGAGGAAAGAACCGAAACAAAAUCGUUUAAAAUAGUUAUUCCACCGCAGAAGAAAGUGGAUGUCCUUGUCACCAUAGGCAGGUGUAGUUUUGAUGUUCCUUACACCGGGACAAUGAAGGUCACGACUAAUGAUGGUGCAGUGUUAACAUAUGAAACCAGAGGACAACACAAAGGAGUCACUUACACUGAAAUAAGAGUAAGCACCAAAGAAUAUGAUAUCCAAUAAAUUUCUUAAUUUGAUUAAUCAAUCUUUCUACAUUCAGUUGCAGGGUUUCUGAGGUUUGAUUUCAAAAUGAAUAUUUUCAAGUUAAAAUUACUAAAGUUUUCUACUUUAAAUGAAAGAAUAAAUAAAUCACCCGUAUAAUCAUUUAUUGCUUUUUGUUAUGUGAUUUCUUUAUUUUAAGAUGAUUUAUCACUUUAUUGCAGGGUUUCUGAGGUUUGAUUUCAAAAGGAAUAUUUUUUAAGUUAAAAUUACUAAAGUUUUCUACUUUAAAUGAAAGAAUAAAUAAAUCACCUGUAUAAUAAUUUAUUGCUUUUUGUUAUGUGAUUUCUUUAUUUUAAGAUGAUUAAUCACUUUAUUGCAGGGUUUCUGAGGUUUGAUUUCAAAAUGAAUAUUUUCAAGUUAAAAUUACUUAAGUUUUCUACUUUAAAUGAAAGAAUAAAUAAAUCACCUGUAUAAUCAUUUAUUGCUUUUUGUUAUGUGAUUUCUUUAUUUUAUUUUAUUGAUUUAUCACUUUACUGUUAAUGAGCUGUGUAUAAUGAAAACUCAACAUUAAUAAAGUUUCGUUAACAUCA